AUGAGUCGUUUCAUGUGCUGUCUCGGAGGCGGAAGCUCAAGUAACGUAGUGCAAGAUCCAGAGGAACCACCGCAACCACCACAACCACCACAACCACCGGAGCCAACAGUUUCAUCGGAAACUAGCGACGAAGAAGGUUUCGUUAAAUUUCAAUGGAAUGAGAUCGUAGAAGGAACCGAGAACUUCGAUAUAACACAUUUGAUCGGCCAAGGCAAAGUCGGCAAACUCUAUCGAUGCAAUUUCCCAAGAAUUCAUAAGGUUGGAGCUGCAAAGGUUCAUGAUCAUGGCGACGACUUUUCUGGUCUUGGUGAGUUCGUGGCAGAGAUUACAACGUUACGUGAAGCUGAUCACCCAAAUGUGAUUAAACUUCUCGGCAGACACUACGGCCUGCAAAACACUGCCCUUGUCUACCAAUUCAUGCCUAAUGGCUCUCUUGACCACCAUCUCUUUGGUUUCGUUAAAUUUCAAUGGAAUGAGAUCGUAGAAGGAACCGAGAACUUCGAUAUAACACAUUUGAUCGGCCAAGGCAAAGUCGGCAAACUCUAUCGAUGCAAUUUCCCAAGAAUUCAUAAGGUUGGAGCUGCAAAGGUUCAUGAUCAUGGCGACGACUUUUCUGGUCUUGGUGAGUUCGUGGCAGAGAUUACAACGUUACGUGAAGCUGAUCACCCAAAUGUGAUUAAACUUCUCGGCAGACACUACGGCCUGCAAAACACUGCCCUUGUCUACCAAUUCAUGCCUAAUGGCUCUCUUGACCACCAUCUCUUUGCAAAUGCGAGGCAGGUUCAGGGUCUAACGCAAGCAACUCGGGUUUUGGAUUGGAACACGAGGAUGAGAAUUGCUGUGGGUGUAGCCGAAGGUCUGGUUUACGUACACCAGGGGCUUUCCUCGAUUCACAGAGAUGUCAAAGCCACAAACAUUGUGCUUGACGACAAUUUUGUCCCGAAGCUGACUGGUUUUGCAACCGCGGCUAAGAUCGCUUACGAUGAAGACGGUGUUGAGAUGCAGAGGGAGGUCAGUAAGAAUGGAACUGAAGGAUACCUCGCACCGGAAACAGAGAACUUCGGGUUGGUUUCGACCAAGUCCGAUGUCUAUAGCUAUGGAGUUUUUCUGUUAGAGCUUUUCACAGGCAGGAAAGCUUAUGAUCGGGAUAGACCUAAAGCGAGAGAGAAACUCACUGAUUGGUUAAUGCCACUGUUGAGUCUGAUAACUAGAUUGGAGCAAUCGCCUAUUGUAGUUGAUGUUGCGCUCGGUAAGAAGUACUCGGCUCAAGGUUCAAACAGAAUAUUUGAAACUGCGAGGAUGUGUUUAAACGCGCAGCCACUUGAACGGCCUGCAAUGGGUUUUGUGGAAACGUUGGUUCGUGAAGCUGCAGCUUACCUGGUCCCAGAGGAGAAGCCCCAGGUGAAAGAUAGACGUUGUUCGACAUAA